CCAGUGACUUGCCCAAUCGUGGGCUGUGUGCUCAUUGGAGGCACGGCACGCCCAUCACUGGGAGACAGCUCCGGGGGGUUUCCCUAUCCGUGUUCCCAGUCGGAAGUGCAAUUGAUUCCCUUGUUCUCCAUUGGACCACCACGCCGUCAGUCGUGCUGCUGAGGUGAACGAGCGCUCCCCGGCCGUCAGGGCUGCGAGACCGCAGUCAUAUUGGCCGCUGGAGGCUGCAGCUACCAGCUCGUUGGCGAACAAGACUCCCCUACUCCCAUGGAGAACGGGAGUUGGUGGCUGUAAUUUGAUUUAGCCUUUUACAUGUUUUGCACGGUAGCUGCCAAAUGUUUUGAGACCUAGGGAUGACAUCAUCAAGGAUCUUCGGACCUUUUGCGCCUUCGUCCGACACCGUGGUGAGCCAAAAGGAUAUAUGCCUGCUCUCGUUCAAUAGCCAUUUUUUGCAGACAAAGAGGGCUGUUGAAUAGGGCUCUCAAAAAGCCACAAGGGUCCUUGGGACUCUUGUUGAAAACAAAUUCAGCAAUAUGUGGAGUAGCCUGAAAAGCAAAUGCCAAACUCUCUUUCACAACAACAGUUCAGGACCCAAUGAAGGCAGGAAUGAGGCAGACGCCGUCCACUGCGUGGUGGAUCUCAGCCAAGGAGGUGCCUCAGGUUCAGCUCAGGCAUCCGAAGUCUCCACUUCAUCGAGUACCCUCGUUCCAGUGCCAAUGGUAACCGUAGCCCGUCGUCACAACUGUGUCUCGGACACCCCUCAGAUAGUAGAGAUCACUAUCGACAAGGACACAGAGGAUGUGGGUGGGGGAUCAGGAGGUGUCCCCUUGGCUCGCAGAGACUCCUAUUCCCGUCAUGCGCCAUGGGGGGGCAAGAAAAAACACUCGUGUUCCACAAAAACUCAAAGUUCUUUAGAGAUAGAUCGACGGUCUGGACGCCUGCGAGGUAGUGGCAACCGUCGAGACAGACGCUAUGGCGUCUGCUCGAUCCAAGAGAUGAGCGAGUCUUUGUCUGGAGGACGCAGUUUGAAUAGUCGGUCGUUGCGUCAGCGACUAAGCGAUACCGUAGGCCUUUGCUUACCACUACCUGCUAGCAGACGCUCUUCAAAGAACCCCGUUAUUUCCAAACGAAAGAUUCACCUGACCGAGCUGAUGCUGGACACCUGCCCCUUUCCACCAGGCUCAGACCUUGCCCACAAAUGGCAUUUGAUCAAACAGCACACGGCACCAGUGAGCCCACAUUCCUCAACUGCCCUGUUGGAUGCUUUUGACCCAGCACACCCUUCCCCUGAGGACGAGGAGGAACGUCUGCGCGAACGCCGCAGACUUAGCAUCGAGGAAGGUGUGGACCCACCUCCGAAUGCACAGAUCCACACCCUUGAGGCUGCCGUGCCAGGCUCAUCUGUCUUCAAACCGGGACCAAAGAUGGCUCCAGGCAUGGGAGAUGUCCCCGGCGAUGGCCGAGCCUCAGGAACUGCUAGUUCUUCAGGAGCUUCAACAUCGGGGGCCUGUGCACAGGUGUUAGGGGCCGCAGCUUCAGCCCAGGACACUGACUCUGAGGAGGACUCGACAACCCUCUGUCUACAGGCCAGGAGACCGAAACAAAGGCACGCCUCUGGGGAGGGUCACCUGAGCAGACAGCAACCUGGGCCCUGGAAGGUUCACACGCAAAUCGAUUACAUCCACUGCCUUGUGCCAGAUUUAUUGCAGAUCACAUCAUCGCCCUGCUACUGGGGUGUCAUGGACCGCUACGAGGCCGAGUCACUGCUGGACGGACGUCCGGAGGGCACCUUCCUGCUGCGUGAUUCCGCCCAGGAGGACUACCUUUUUUCUGUCAGCUUCCGCCGUUAUAACCGCUCACUACAUGCCCGCAUUGAACAGUGGAACCACAAUUUCAGUUUUGACGCACACGAUCCUUGCGUUUUCCAUUCUUCCACCGUCACGGGGCUGCUGGAGCACUACAAGGACCCAAGCGCCUGUAUGUUUUUUGAACCUCUGCUCACAGCACCUCUCCAUCGGACAUUUCCCUUUAGCCUGCAGCACCUUGCACGAGCAGCCAUCUGCCGCUGGACCACUUAUGAUGGGAUAGGCUCUCUGCCGCUGCCCCCUGCCUUGCAGGACUUUCUCAAGGAGUAUCACUAUAAACAGAAAGUUCGAGUUCGCUGGCUGGAAAGGGAGCCGCCGCUAAAAGUCAAAUAGUGCUCUUUGUCAAUUUGCCUGUCAGAUCAUGGAGAAAGAUUACGGAACUCAAGAAAUGCCUCAUGAGAGGCUACAUCGACUGAGUGAUUCACCUCUUUCCAGUGGAGGUUGGAAUUCAAAUGUAACAACCUAUACAAGAUUCAUUCUAAUCUUUAUUUUAGUUAUCACUUACUGAAAAGCAUAUGAGUAUAUCUGUGUAGUACUGCCUGGCUAGCACAAACGAUGGAGUACUUUAUGAGUAUAAACAGUACCGGUAUAUUUUUGAAUGAGGGCAGGGGGGAGUAGCACAAAUAGUGCAAAAACAUCGUUUACCUCCUGCUUUGCCCUUAACAUAUGCCUGAUCCCAAAACAUCACCCUGCCUGUAGACCUCCAUGCAUGCCUCCCUGUCAACCCCACGCAAAAUUCAAAUUCAAAUAGCUAUACUAAAGCCAGAUUCUGUAGCUACAUUGUACAGGUCACUUUUUAUGCACUCAAUUGUUUUUCUUGUCAAAACACAUAGUGGGACACCUUUCCAAGAGGUUCUAUUUUUUUUUAAGGUGUGUGCUUGUCAAGGCAUCUGGAAGUGCUUUUCGUGUGUUGCAUUCUGGGCUUGCCUCAUUGAUAAAGCUACAUAAGCCACAUCCUUUGCCAUCUCUUUGCACAUGAGCAUUAGCUAAACAAGAGACGGGUGAAUUCUGAGAGGGCCCAUGGAUGUUCAGGAAAGUAGAUCAGGGAACUUAAGUGCUUUUUAAAGGAUUAUAGAUUAUUAUCAACAUGUUUCUCCCUAAAAGGUUUAUGGUGACUGAUAAAUAAUAAACGAGCCUACUGUUUCUUACUUUGUGAGCUAAAUUGUCAACUUUAUUCUCACUGUAUGGAUUGGCUUCGUGAUCAGGCUACCACAGAAACACCCAGUAUAUUUCCUCCUGGAUGAAAUUCAAAUCCAGACUCCACAUUUUUCUCGUUUCAGUCGGAUCGUGCUGUUAUUUAACAUACAUAAGGUUUGUUCAUCAGCUUCAUGACAGUUCUAGUCUUGCAGUAAUCAGGAUUCAGUGACUUAGUUGAUUAUGCUUACGUUUUCUUCAUCAGCCACUUGAAACAUGCUUGUAUCACCUUUUGAGUAUUUAUUUAAAUAAAUAAAUAAAUGAAAAGGGAAUGGGGUACAUUUCACAAAGGAUAAGAAAAGACAAUCAGUCUGUCUAAAAUUUGAGGACGUCGUUCUCAUGUGGCUGUGUGGGUCACUUCCAAUUCUUAGGGUUAUGUAGGAAAUGGAAACUUAUUAAGACUUUUUUUUUUUUGUCAUUAUUUCAAAAGACCACUAAAAAGUAAGGUAGCUCUUUAAUAAAUUGUUUCGAUGUUGCCACCCAUUUAACAUAACUCCCAUUGUUAGUCUUGGAGCAGCAUUGUUGAGGCUUUCCGAAACCAUGUAAUCUGUGCCAUAGUGUUCUGUGCUGUAUGCAUCAUGCUGCAGUCAAAGUUGAAUUUUGUUGCAAAGCAUCUUGCUUGGUACCGAGCAAGCCACCGGACAUCGUGGCUUUUAGAACAUGGUGGUGCUGAUGGUGCUUUGAGUCCGAAGGUACUGACACAUAGACAACUUAAGUGUAACCUAUGUGCCUUUUAUAUUGGAACAAAUGUUCAUCUAAAUUUGAAGUAAUUUAUUCCUCAUCAGUCCGCUGAUGUUACAGAAUCACAAACAUAUUGGUGCAUUAGCUCCAAGCUCUUUCACUCACGGUGCACAUAAGAUCUUUGUUUACUGGUGCUAAGUUGGAUAAGCUACGGCAAAUUAAUUACUUUCGGGGGAGUGAUUUAAAAAAAAAAAAAAAAAAAACAAAACAACUUCUAUGUAUUUCUAUCUCCAUACACAGUUGUUGGGUCGCUAGAAAAAUGCAAAAGAAUAUGGGUCCAAUGCCAUCUCUUCUGUACCUGAUAGCAGUCGAGGCCAAAGCAGCUAGUUUUCCUCCUGCAAUUUCACAAACUCUACCCCGAGAAUUUAAACUUUUUUUUUUGUUCACUUAUUCACCAGCAUUCAAUUAAAACUGCAUGAUCCACAUAGCUCUUCAAAAAAUUGAAACCCCAAUAAUCAUCUGUGCUGAAUAUUAACAAUGGCUCUAUGUAAAUCGCCACCCUCAUGUCACUUUGUCAGAACGCAUCUUGCCAUGGUUUAUUUCUUGUCAUUGUCAUUGAACAGAAAUUCUGAACAAACAUUGCUUCUUUAUUUAUUAUGAAUAAUUUGUGAAACGCUCUUCUAUUGCCAUUGAAAAAUCCUGUGACCAUGGAACGGUCACAGGAUAUGUGUCGACGAGCAGGCUAAUCAUCGCUGCUGUGCUACAGCGGUAUGUUGUGCCAAGUCACAUUUAAAUUGAUUUUCAGUCGACAAAAAUUGGACACUUUUCUUGGUUAAU